AUGAUGGAUACUACAAAUUCAAUUGCUCAACAAUUGAAUAUCUACAAUGGAGAGAGUAUGGGCAAUUAUCGAAAUGAUAGAUUUAAAGAGCCCAUUGCGUUAAUUGGAAUGUCAUGUGCUUUUGCUGGUGGUAUUGAUACACCGGAUACACUAUGGAAACAUUUGGUAGAAUCAACAGAUAUUGGAAAUGAAAUUCCAAAAGAAAGGUUUGAUAUCGAAUCUUUUUCUGCUCAUGUUUUUGAAAUUAAUCCAACAAUUAAAAAAACUCUUGUACGUCGUGGAUAUUUCUUAAAUAAUGAUGUAUUAAAUAAUUUUGAUCCAUCAUUUUUUGGUAUUACUGAUGGUGAUGCAAUGAAAAUGGAUCCUUGUCAUCGUAUUUUGCUUGAAAAAUUUGUUCAUCUUAUCGAGGACGCCGGUUAUACAAUGGAUGAAAUAAAAGGAACACAAACAGCUGUUUAUAUUGCGCAAUUUUCUCGAGAUCAUGAAGUAACAGUUGAUAAACAAGAUAUUGAAGCAUAUUUACACUUAUUUGGUACAAAUGUUGGUAUACAUAAUGCAUCAGCACGUAUUUCAUAUCAUUUUGGUCUUCAUGGUCCCAAUCUAGCAUUAAAUACAGGUUGUUCUUCAUCACUUCAAGCUGUUCAUCUUGCUAUUCAAUCUUUACAUAAUGGUGAAGCUAAAAUGGCUUGUGCUGGUGGUGUCAAUACAAAUUAUACACCAGAAUUACUUUUUGCUGGAUCAUUAUCAGGAGCUCUAUCACCUGAUGGAAGAUCUCGUGCUUAUGAUAUCAAUGCCAAUGGAUAUGCAAAAGGUGAUGGUAUUGGUUUAGUACUUUUGAAACGUUUAAGUGAUGCUAUUAUUGAUAAAGAUCAUAUUUAUUGUGUUAUUCGUGAUGUAAUGUCAAAUCAUGAUGGUAAUCAGGAUAAGCCUAGUUAUACAGUACCAUCAUCAUAUGGACAAAGUUUACUUCUCAAUCAAAUUUAUUUCCGUAAUAAAAUCGAUUUAAAAAAUGUACUCUAUAUUGAAGGUCAUGGAACAGGUACACAAGUUGGGGAUCCUAUUGAAGCAAAUACACUUGGAAAAUUUUUUAAUCGUGCACAAAAUCAAACACCGCUUUUCAUUGGUUCAGUUAAAACAAAUAUUGGACAUACGGAAGCUGUAGCAGGUGUUGCAGCUUUAAUUAAAGUUGCAUUAUGUAUGAAAUAUCGUAUGCUUGUACCUAACAUGCAUUUUAGUCGUAUCAAUCCAAAAAUUUAUUCAAAAAAAUACAAUAUAAAAGUUGUUAAUAAUUUUAUUCCAUUUCCAACAAAUAAACCUGUUAUUAUUGGUAUUAAUGCAUUUGGUGUAGGAGGUAAUAAUGCACAUGCUAUUGUUAGUGAAUGGCAUGACUCAGAAUUAAAAACUGAAAAGCAACAAAAUGAUAUGGAUAGUGAUUUAUUAAAUCCUAUUGAAAAUAAUUUUCAAAAUCAACUUGAUACAAGUAAACAAUAUUUUUUGUUAGUUUUAUCAACAAAAUGUAAUCAAUCGAUGAAAAAACAAAUUGAAAAUUUUUCAUUAUGGCUAUCAAGAAUUCCUGAACAACUUAAAAAUGAAUAUCAACAAAUGUUUUUUGCUUAUCUAUCCGAAAAACUUCUACUGAAACGAACAACAAGUUUUUCACACCGUACAACAUUUGUAUUUUCAAAUAUAAAUGAACUUGAACAUCAAUUAACAUCGAUAUCAACAAAUACAAACUAUCCUGGUGUUCUUCUCACACAACAACAAAGCCAAAAGAAUUUAUCCAAUAUUUGUUUUGUUUUCAGUGGUCAAGGUCCUCAAUGGUGGAAGAUGGGACGUGAAUUAUAUUAUGCUGAACCUGUAUUUCAUUCAUGGGUUAAUAAAAUAAAUCAAGAAUUUAGUCUUUUAACAAAUGAUUGGAUAUUAGUUGAUGAAUUAAUCAAUACUAAAGAUGAAACUUGUUCGCGUAUUAAUGAUACCAAUUUUGCGCAACCAGCUUUAUUUGCUAUUCAAGUAGCUUUAACGGCAUUAUGGAAUUCUUGGGAUAUUUAUCCAAAAGCAGUUAUUGGACAUUCAGCUGGAGAAAUAGCAGCAGCAUUUGUAUGCGGAAAAUUAUCAUUAAAAGAAGCAGUAAAAAUAGUUUAUUAUCGUUCAAUAUUACAACAUCGAAAUACACGUCAAAAUGGUCGUAUGUUAGCUGUAUCGAUAAGUGAAUCAGAUGCACGUUUAUUAUUAAAUGGCGUUGAAAAUCAUGUUUCAAUAGCUGCUAUAAAUAGUCCAGAAUCUGUUACAUUAAGUGGUGAUAAUCGCGUAUUAGAAGAAUUAUAUAAUAUUCUUAGUAUACAAAAAUCAAAUGUAUUUAAAACAUGGUUAAGAAUUGAAAAUGCUUUUCAUAGUCAACAAAUGGAACGGUUUCAUAUUCGUGAAGAUCUAAUGAAUUAUUUAACUGAUAUUAAAGGAUACAAUGUUGAACAAUCAGAAUUAUUUGAUAUAAAUUAUUUAAAUACUUAUCACUAUUCAACUGUUACAGGUAAUCGUAUAGAUAAUAAAAACUUUCAAUUUAAUGCUCAAUAUUGGUGGAAUAAUAUAAGACAAACAGUUUUAUUUUCUCAUGGUAUUAAAUCAAUUGUAAAUGAUUUUGCUAAAAAUUCAAAUCUAACAUUUAUUGAAAUUUCUCCACAUCCAGUUUUAUCAGCAUCAAUUGGAGAAUGUCUUAGUUUAUUUUCAUCAUCUGUAUCAUCAUCACUAACUUUACCUUCACUUAAUCGUAAGGAAAAUGAACAACAAACAAUAUUAACAUCAUUAUCACGAUUACAUAAAAGUAAAUGGGAUAAAUUUUUUAAAUCACGUUCUUAUUCAAAUCUCAUCAAUGUACAAGAUCAUAAUAAAAAUGAUAUAAUAAAAUUAAUUCAUUCUUGUAUUCAACAAUUACCAUCUUAUGCAUUUAAUCAUAAUAUUUAUUGGUAUGAAACAAAAGAUUCAGUAUUUACAAGACGUGCAAUAAAAACUCAAUAUCAUCCAUUACUUGGUAUUCGUUUAUGGCAUAAUGAAUCAAUAAAUCCAACAUGGAAAAAUCAAAUUAUAAUUAGUAAUAAAAAUCAUGAAUUAAUUCAAGAUCAUAUUAUUCAAGGAAAUAUUUUAUUUCCUGGUUCAGCUUUUAUUGAAUUAGCUAUUGCAGCUAUAAAUGAAUUAUCCUCAUCAUCAAAUAUGUCAUUUUCACUUGAAAAUAUUCAAUUUUUAAGUGCACUUUUAUUGAAAAAAAAUGAAAUAAAUGAAAUUCAUACAAUAAUUGUGAUGCCAUAUCAACAAUUUUUAAUUUAUAGUCGUUGUAAUCAUUCCAAAGAUUGUGUACGUACAAGUGGUAUUAGUGGAAAUGAUAUUGAUACAAAUAAUGAUGAAUUAUUUCAUAAUAAUAAAAUUUUAAAUGAAUAUUCAUUAAAACAAUGGACUUUACAUGCACAAGGUACAAUAAAUACAAAAAUUGAUAUUUCAAUACAAAAUUCACUUAAUAAUAUUAAUUUAAUUUUAAAUCGUUUUAAAAAUCUUGAAUAUUUAAUAGAAAAUGAAAAUGAAAUAAGAAAAUUUUAUUCAUAUUUAUCUCGUCGUGGUUAUAAUUAUGGAUCAUAUUUUCAAGGUAUUAAAUCUAUAAAACGAACACGUUCAAAAACAUUAGCAGAAAUAUGUCUACCUUCAAUAUUUUUACAAUUAAAUAAAGAACAACAAAAUGAUCAAGAAAAAUAUUAUUUACAUCCUGUAUUAUUAGAUAUAUGUAUACAUACUGUAUUAAGUAUUCUUCCAGGUAAUGAUACAUUUGUACCGAACUCAAUUGAAAAAAUAAUUUAUUAUCAACAACUUACACCAAAACUUAUAUUAAAUGAAAAUAUUUUUAUUUAUAAUUCAUUUCGAAUGCCUGUACGAGGUGUUACAAUAGAAGAGAAUUAUAUAACAGAUAUUGUCAUAUUUACAUCAUCAUCUAUAAUUGCAAAUAUAUCAGGAGUUAAUUUUCGACAAAUUCCAUCCAAUGAAUCGAUUCAAUCACAAACAAUAUUUGAAAAACUUGAUAAUUAUAUUUUUAAUCCAAUUAAUAAUAAUAGUCUUGAUAUUAAUCAAGUUAUACAACGUUAUUGUCAAGAAAAACAAUGGAGACAAUGUCACUUAAUUGAAUCAUUAUUAAUGAAAUAUUUAAUAACACCUAAUGAUAUUUUAAACUCAUCUAUUGAUAUUGUUUAUGAUGAUGAUAAUAAUCAUAAUAAUAAUAAUAAUAAAAUUGAAAAAAUAAAAGAUAUUCGUUUAGAAAUAAUAAAUGGUAUAUCACAAAUAGAUAAGAAUAUAAAUCAAUCGAAAACAAUUGUUACUGAACUUGGUACGCGUUAUGUUGUUGUUUUAUUUAAAAGAUUAUUAAAUAAUCAAAUUGAAUUUUCACAAACAUAUAUUCAAUCAUUAAUAUCAUCUAAACAUUAUAAAUUAAUGAAUUCAUUAUUUGUUCUUCUUGAAAAUUAUGAUUAUAUUAAAAAAUUAGAUGAAAAUAAUUCAUGGAAAUUUAUUCAAGAUAUUAAUACAAUUAAUGAAUAUACAAAUAAUUUGUUAUUAAUGAAAAUUUUACAUGAAUUUCCUCAUUUAAAUUGUUUCACAUAUAUUCUUUCAUCAUGUGGAACGAAACUUUUUGAAAUUUUAACUGAUCAAUUAGAACCAUUACAAAUAUUAUUUUGUUCAGAAAAUGAAAAAUAUCUUCAAGAACUUUAUUCUCUUAUAUCAAAAACAUUAACGAAAUUAAUAUUUACAUCUUUGUGUUCUUGUUUUAAAAUAAAUAUCAAACAUAAUAAUAGUAAUAAAAAUAUAUUAAGAAUAUUAGAAAUAGGUGCUGGUACAGGUGGAUCAACGAUAUUUAUUCUUAAUAUUUUACUUGAUUUUGCAAAUAGUACACAAACAAUAAUUGAAUAUACAUUUACUGAUGUAUCUGUUGCUUUUUUUACUAAAGCUCAACAACGAUUUGCUAAAUUAUUAGAAGAAAAGAGUCAAAAUAAUUAUUUAAUUAUUAAAUAUGAAACAUUUGAUAUUGAUCAAAAUUCAUUACAUCAACAAAAUAUGUUUUCAGAAUCUUACGAUAUUAUAUUUGCCGCUAAUGUUAUUCAUGUAGCAACAAAUAUUGUCGAUUCUGUUUCUAGUCUUCGACAAUUACUUGUACCAGGGGGUUUAUGUAUUUUACUUGAACUUACAAUAGAAUCAUUAUCAUUUUUAGAUUUAACAUUUGGUUUGCUUCCACAAUGGUGGAAUUUUAGUGCAAAUGAUCCUAUUCGAAAACCAUUUCAACAUGCAAUUAUAACAUCUAAUCAAUGGAUUGAAACAUUUCAACUAGCAAAAGGUUUUGAUUCCAUUGAAGUUGUAUCUACAUCGAACGGUGAUAUGAGUACAAUUAUUGCUCAAAAAUCAACAAAACAACCAAUAUUAAAAGAUCUAUCGGAAAGAUUUCAACAAGCAUGGUUAAUUUUUAGUGAUAAUAAACAAAAAUUUGGUUGGAAAAUUGCAGAAAAAUUACAAGAUGAAUUUUUCGAAAAGAAUAUAACGAUUAUUUCAUAUAAAAAUAAUGAUGAAAAUUCGUACAAUUUCAAUACUUAUAGAGUUGAUAAUCUAUCUGAUAUAAAAAAAUGUAUUCAAGAUAUUUUAUUGAAAUAUUCAUUAUUAAAUAUUAUAUUUGCUUGGACACUUGAUUUAGAAAAUUUAAAUGAGGAUGAUGAAAUUUCUUUAACUCAUGAUAAACUUAAAGAACAAGAAGAAUUAGGAUGUGUUUCGUUAAUGAAUAUAGUUCAAUCAAUUUCUUCAUUACAACCGGAUAUUAUACCAAAUAUAUUUGUGCUAACACAAGAUGCACAAUUUGAUAUUGAAAAUAAACUACAAUUCAAUUAUUGUCAAUCUUCAAUAAUUGGUUUUGCAAGAUCUAUUAUUAAAGAAUAUGCUACAAAUCGUUUUCGAUUAAUUGAUAUUCCAUUAAAAUUUCAAUCAAAUAUUAUUGACAGAUUAUUAAAUGAAUUUCUUCAUUGUAAUAAUAGUUUAUACGAAGAAGAAGUUUUAUUACGUUAUCAUGAAGAAAAUAAUAAUAUUAUUAGAAUGAUAUCACAAUUUGAAAAAAUAAUUGAAAAUAAACAAGAACAAGAAUUUGAAAAUAAAAUAAUAAUUCCAAAUCGUGAUUCAAAUUCAAUAGCAUUUAAAUUACAAAUAUCAAAAACAUUAUUUUUAUCUGAUCUCCAAUGGAUUACAUUUGAUCGAAAUGCAUUUAUAAUUUCACCUGAUCAAAUUGAAGUAAAAAUUCAUUGUGUUGGAAUUAGUUUUCGAGACGUUUUAAAAGCACGCGGUUUAUAUCCUCAUAUUCGACAAUUUGCUGUUGAAUAUGCAGAUCAAGAAGCUAAUGCUCGAGAUGAAGAAAUUGGUUUUGAAUUUUCGGGUACAAUUACUCGUCUUGGUUCAAAUGUACGUAAAGGUUUUCAAGUAGGAGAUCGUAUUUUUGGUAAAACCAUUGAAAGUGGUACGUUUAAAUCUCAUAUUAUUGUUGAUAAAUAUGCUAUUGUUCAUGCACCAGAAAAUCUUACCAUGGAAGAACUAUGUACCAUACCAGUAAGUUUUUUAACAGCUGUUUAUGCUCUUUAUGAACGUGCUAAUUUAAAACCUAAACAAACAGUAUUAAUUCAUGCAGCAACAGGUGCUGUUGGUUUAGCAUUAAUUCAAUUAUGUCGUAGAAGAAAUGCUAAAAUUAUUGCAACAGCUGGAACAGAAGAAAAACGAAAAUAUCUUCGUGAUAUUUGUCAAAUUGAAUAUGUAUUUAAUAGUCGUGACUUAUCAUUUGUUGAAAAUAUUCGUCAGAUAUUUCCAAAUGGAAUUGAUAUUAUAAUUAAUUCAUUAGCUGGAGAAUUUUUACAAGAAUCAAUUAAAUUACUUGCACCUCAUGGACAUUUUGUUGAAAUUGGAAAACGAGAUGUUUAUUCAAAUUCAAAAUUACCAUUAUUUCAAUUUCGAAAUGAUUGUUCAUCACAUAUAGUUGAUUUAUUUACGUUAGAAAAAUAUCAAAAAGAAAAAACACAUCACUUACUUCAAGAAAUUUCAAAUGAAAUUAACCAAGGAUUAUUAACUCCUAUUAAACCAAUGACAAUUUUUGAACCAUCUCAAGUCAUUCAAGCUUUUCAAUUCUUUAGUCAAGCUACUCAUUUAGGAAAAUUAGUUCUUCGAAUUACUCAAUCUGAUCAAGAAUUAAAUAUUAUUGAUGUUAAACAGGAUACCAAUAAAAAUUCUGUGCAAAUAAGUAUGUAA